UCCUCAUGGCUGCCAAAAAGGGUCUUGAAAGAGCUUGCCUUGUGAGUGAGAGGGACACCAAGAAGUACUCCUUGGUCCUAGACAGGAUGAGGUGGCAUCAGAAGAAUUUAAAUGAAGAGAGGCAGCAGCAGGAAGCAGAAGUUACUGAAGCUAAUCCAGCGUAUCACUGUCACGGCUACUCACAGGCCUAUGAGAACAGAAAAAGGGAACAGCACCAAGCCAGGAGGAAGCUCUGUGUAGCAUCAGUAAUUUGCAUCUUCUUCAUGAUUGCUGAGAUUACAGGGGAGUAUAUUGCCGGGAGCCUGGCGGUGAUCACCGAUGCGGCACACAUCCUGGUGGACCUGACAAGCUUCCUGAUCAGCCUCUUCUCACUGUGGCUUGGCUCCAAACCUCCCACCAAACAGUUAACUUUCGGGUGGCACCGAGCAGAAAUUCUGGGAGCUUUGAUGUCUAUGGUAAUCAUUUGGAUGGUGACUGGUGUGUUGACAUAUUUGGCUAGCAUGAGGCUGCUACACCCCGAUUAUGAUAUUGAUGCUACAGUGAUGCUCAUUACCUCUGCUUGUGCCGUGCUCGCCAACAUCCUAUUAAGCCUGAUCCUGCACCAGACUGGCCACGAGCACAGCCAUGGGGCACAAGCCAGGGAACAUGUGUCGGCCCCUCCAGAAAAGGCAGCUCUGAGCAAUGCCAGUCUGCGGGCAGCCUUUGUGCACGCCAUCGGAGAUCUGUUCCAGAGUAUUAGUGUGCUAAUUAGCGCACUUAUCAUCUUCUUUAAGCCAGAAUACAAAAUAGCUGACCCAAUCUGCACAUUUGUGUUUUCCAUCUUUGUUUUGGCAACCACCAUCACCAUUUUAAGGGAUAUUUUGAUUGUGUUAAUGGAAGGAAUAUCAAAAGGAUUUGCUUAUGAUGCAGUGAAAGCGAGAAUUUUAGCAGUUGAGAAAGUGGAGUCUGUUCACAACCUUCAUCUUUGGUCUCUGACAAUGAAUCAAACUAUUCUAUCUGCUCAUGUUGCCACAGCAGAUGCAGUGGACAGCCAGAAGAUUUUGAGAGAUAUUACCCAAGCCCUGUUUGAGCACUACAGCUUCCACUCCAUCACCAUUCAGAUUGAAUCAGGAGAGGAUCAGAAACGAGACUGCUUCUUCUGUCAAGAGCCCAGGGAUUAAAGGGAACAGUUUGCUAUGCAAAAUAACGAUCACCCCUCUUACAGUCUGAUCCUCAGGGAUAUUAUCUUGGUACAAGGUUGUUUUCUGAAUACUGUCUGACUGGCUGGGGAAGAUUUUUGCAGAAAUGCUACUGCGAUGCACAGAGGUCAGGGCUGAGAACUUCAGAGACAAUUUCUAGACUUCUCUGCUUUUAUUAACUUUACAUCCUUUUGAUUGUCUGCAGAAUAACUAUAAGAAAAUUAACAAAAAAUUGCUAUCUCUAAAUUAUUCUUGGAACUACUGUGAAACAGAAAAGUGUUUGUCACAUAAAUUAUCUGUUUUCCAUGUCUGACUGUUUUUUGGUGGAGUUCAGUUCACAUGGGCAAGUACCUGGCUUUACUGGCUAACACUGAAAUUUUAUGUACAUAAGUAUAUUAAUCUUCCUUUAAAUUUUAAUGUAGUCAUUUUGCAGCUUGUAAAUUAUAACAUUCUCUGUUCCCCAAAAAGCACUCUUUCACUUUUCACAACCAAAAUCUAACACAUUGAGCAGAUCCUGAGGAUAAGGUGUUUGUAGAAGCUCAAGGCUUUUUGGAGUAGAAACCAUGAAAUGGGCAAGCAAAGCUAAACUUUCCUCAUUCAGCACUGACAAAGGGCCUAAGUGCCAAUAUUAUGCUGAGAUGAUGUCAUGGUUUAACCCCAGCCAGCAACUAAGCACCUCACUGCCACUCACUCAC